AUGAGUCGAGUAUCAACGCAGAAAAAGGAGGGCAAAAUGAGGAUCCGUGCCUUCCCGAUGACGAUGGAUGAGAAGUACGUGGAGUCAAUAUGGUCUCUGCUAAAGAACGCUAUCCAGGAGAUACAGAAAAAGAACAAUUCGGGCCUGUCGUUCGAGGAGCUGUACAGGAAUGCCUACACAAUGGUUCUGCAUAAGCAUGGCGAGCGGCUAUAUAGCGGGUUGAAGGAGGUUGUAACGCACCAUCUCGAAUCGAAGGUGCGUGAGGAGGUGCUGCGCAGCUUCAACUGUAGCUUUCUGCAAACGCUGAACCAGUGCUGGAACGACCAUCAAACAUCGAUGGUGAUGAUUCGAGACAUCCUGAUGUACAUGGAUCGCGUGUACGUGCAACAGAACGACGUUGACAAUGUGUACAACCUCGGGCUGAACAUUUUCCGAGAUCAGGUGGUCCGUUACCCGCGUAUCCGCGAUCAUAUGCGCGAGACUCUGUUGAACAUGGUGAUGUGCGAGCGAAAGGGUGAAGCUAUCGAUCACAUUGCGAUAAAGAACGCGUGUCAGAUGCUGAUGGUGCUCGGCAUCAACCAGCGCUGGGUGUACGAAGAGGACUUUGAGCGGCCGUUCCUCACGCAAUCUGCCGCCUUCUACAAGCUCGAAUCGCAAAAGUUCCUCGCCGAGAACAGCGCCAGCGUGUACAUUCGACGAGUGGAGGCACGCAUCACGGAGGAAGCGGAGCGGGCCAAGCUGUACCUGGACGAAAGCACAGAAAGCCGCAUUGUGGAGGUCGUCGAGGAUGAGCUAAUUAAGAAGCACAUGCGCACGAUCGUCGAGAUGGAGAACUCAGGUGUAGUGUACAUGUUGCAAAACACGAAAACCGAGGAUCUUGCCUGCAUGCAUAAGCUGUUCUCGCGCGUCAGCGGUGGACUCAAAACGAUUGCCGAUUGCGUGUCACAAAAUCUACGCUCUCUGGGCCGGGAUCUGGUGAAGGAGGAGGAAAAUGGUAGCACUAACCCGAUCACGUUCGUACAGAACCUACUGGAUUUGAAGGACCGAUCGGAUCACUUCCUAUACCACUCGUUCAACAACGACAAGACAUUCAAGAACAUGAUAUCGUCCGAUUUUGAGCAUUUCCUCAAUCUCAACAGUAAAUCACCUGAAUAUCUGUCACUGUUCAUCGACGAUAAGCUGAAGAAAGGCUGCAAAGGGAUGUCGGAACAAGAAAUUGAGACCAUACUAGAUAAGACGAUGGUAUUAUUCAGAUAUUUGCAAGAGAAGGACGUGUUCGAGCGGUACUAUAAGGCUCACUUGGCUAAGCGAUUGCUGCUUAAUAAAUCCGUUAGCGACGAUUCGGAGAAGAACAUGAUAUCAAAAUUAAAGACUGAAUGCGGUUGUCAAUUUACCUCAAAAUUGGAAGGAAUGUUCAAGGAUAUGUCCGUCUCGAACACGGUUAUGGAAGAAUUCAAGAACCACAUCAACAACGACAAUUCAGCGUUGGAGGGCGUAGAACUGACUGUGCGAAUUCUUACCACCGGAUUUUGGCCAACGCAGUCGGUGACGCCUAACUGCAACAUCCCGGCAGCACCACGGAAAGCCUUCGAAACGUUCAAGCGUUUUUAUCUGGCGAAACAUUCUGGGCGGCAGCUAACGCUACAACCACAGCUAGGAACGGUCUACAUGAAUGCCGAAUUCUAUGGCGUCAAGGCUGAAAAGGAAAAAGGAGAGGGUAAUUGUAGCAGCACGGCACCAUCGUCCGGAAGCAGUAGUGCUCCGACGGGAGGAGCUGCCUCACUUGACGCCCCGAAGCGGCAUGUGCUACAGUUGUCCACGUAUCAGAUGUGCGUGUUAAUGUUGUUCAAUAAUCGCGAACGAAUGACAUACGAAGACAUCCAGCAGGAGACAGAUAUCCCGAGUAAAGAUCUGAUCCGCGCCCUGCAGUCGCUCUCGAUGGGCAAGCAACAGCAACGGCUUUUGGUUCGGACACCGAAGACGUCCAAGGAUAUCGUUUCGACGGACGAAUUCUACGUCAACGAUGCGUUUGUGUCUAAAUUUCACAAAGUAAAAAUUCAGACGGUCGCAGCCAAGGGUGAAUCCGAACCGGAGCGUAAGGAAACCCGAAGCAAAGUGGAUGAAGACCGUAAGCACGAAAUUGAAGCUGCGAUCGUGCGUAUAAUGAAAGCGCGAAAGAGAAUGCCUCAUAAUCUUCUUGUGUCCGACGUGACGACGCAGCUAAAGAGUCGAUUCCUACCUUCGCCGGUGAUUAUCAAGAAAAGAAUAGAAGGUUUAAUCGAACGUGAAUAUCUCGCCCGCACGCCUGAAGAUAGGAAAAUCUAUGUGUAUCUAGCUUAAAAAGAUCGAAAAAUUAAACACCGAGAGACAGAGAGUAUAUAUAUGCAAAUAUAUCGUGGCCGCCGUUGCGGUUGCAGUCAGUACGGCAACAACAAAAACACAGUAAUAAUACGCACGCGUUAACACACUCGAUCAAUCUCACGUCGUGGCAGUAGUGUUCAGUUAUCGAAAAAAACAGGGCAGAAGAUGAGGGAGGCAAAAGAUUCAGUGCUAUGAAUUGCGCAAAAAAGUAGCCUCCUUAUGACCGUGAUCGAAAUGAGCCGUGGAAACUAACAGAGGAAUAGAAGGAAAUAUAGAAUUCAUUUAUUCUCCAAAACAUUAACAGUUAGAAAAAGAAAAGUCGGGCUUGCGUCAAAUUGAAAAUUAUACAAUUUUUUAAUUCUCAGUGGGAAAUGCAAGGUAUGUAUACUGCAGGCAAGCGACAGAAGCAGAGAGAUGAUGCACAAUUGAGUAUCAGAUGUUUUUUUUUCUCAGAAAUGUACAGGAGAUGCAGGCAGGAAGAGAGAAGAGGAAUGUUUGCAUCUUUUCGCAACUAAAGCGGAACAUCAUCAUAGACAGUACAUAAAUUAGUGGAUGAUGGGGGAAAAUCGUUGAUAACUUUGGCUUCUUUAUUACAUUGGCUCCAUCGCACACAGAAAUUUAGGUAGUAAAGAAAGAUCGCAUCUAGCAUCGUUUUUUUAGUGCUCAGCGUUCAACAUGUGCGUCGUCAUUCACAUAUAUGAAUGAUUUAUCCUAUGGAAUCGUUCGAAUGUGCAAAUAGCUCGGCCAAAUGGAUAAGUUCUGUAGUUUGUGCUCGAUUUUAGCAAAAGUGAUUCUUUUAAAUUCAAUGUUUCAAUGGGGAAGACGCUGUUAAUAUCUGAUUUUUUAUUAUUUUUAUUUUGAGAAGCGCUUUACCGUAUAUCGAGAAUAAAUUUCAUCAACUUUCUGUUAUGUUCCGUCCUGAUCGCUCGUUUCCGUUUGCUCAAAGAAUGAGCGCGUAUGCGUAACGGUAGCGGUAGGCACGCACGUGAUUUGUGACAGUUUUACACAGCCGCAGAACAUAUUUAUGAACGAACGUCGUUUUACGGUAUCGUGUGUUUUAAGUUUCCGUGUACCCGGUAGAUUUAAAAUUUUAUAUUUUUGUAUUUGCUGUAUAAGUAGUAAAUUUUGUUUUUGUCCUACUCCUGGCAUCGAAAGAAUAUUCCGUAAUUUAGUCUUUUAGGGUUAGUUGCACUUGAAGUUGAUUUUUGUUUAUACUAGUUUGUAUUCACAGUUCUUCAUGCUAUAAAGGUAACAUUGACAUCAUGUAUAUUGUGGUCAUAAAGAUUUAAAUUUUUGGUGCAACAUAAUUCAGAUGACUAUGUGUCAUGGGGCAGUAUUGCUACCAGAUGUCCUUUAGGUCCUCAAAAAUAAUUAAACAAUUAAAUAUGGUGAUCACCAGUUAAAUCUAGUUCGUUAACAAGAGAAAGUUGUAUUGGUUUCUAUUUCCAAUCAGUUUAUAAUGACUAAGUAAUGUGGCUAAACCCUUUGCAUAUUCUAGUUUAAAUUAACGUCAAGUGCAAAUAGCUCUAACAAGAUUAUAUUACCAUUCUUUCUACUUCCAAAUGUCUACUCAAUAAUUCGUAAAAUGUAACAAAAUUAUGAAUGAUUGGUGCGGUUUAUAAAAGUGCUAUGAAAAAAAAAAUCAAUAUUGGUUUGCGAUCGAGAAGUUUUAUUCAUUCUUAAGAAAACGUUCUACCUUUAUUUGUGUAUCACUUUGUUUCUACGUAUUGCUCCUAGUAAACCGUUUCUUCCUUGAUUUUUUAUGUAGCAAAAAAAAUCAAACAACAUUAAUUUCUACUGACAUGGCGUUAAGCCAAACACAUGUUCUGAAAUCAUUCGUCGCUUUAGUAUAGCUAACAUUAAUGGCAAAGCAAUAGUUUUUCUCUUUAAAAUCUGGACGAAUGCAAGCGUAACCCUUGCUAGUUAGUAUCCUUACAUUGUUAGUAUCCCCGUCAAACGCCAAGAUGCAUUAGAAUUGCAGACAAAAGAAUCCAGAAAACGGUUAAAAUUUUUUGUUGUAUUUUUUUUUAUUUAAAUGGGAUACUAGAAAAAUUCUAGAACAUUAGAAGCAUCUUUGUUGACCGAGUCUGGCGAUGGCACCUGAUUGUUGCUAAUGUGAGAUUGAAAACAAUGAUCGCGUCUGCUUGUGUAAAGAGUGUAGGGUUAAGCUGAAAAUAGGGAUGUUUUUAAUGAAAGGAACUUUUACGUGUUGAUAUUUCUCUUUUUUUGAAUCGUACUCCUCUAAUAAACCGUUUCCUACUCCUUACUGCUGCCUCUGCAAACAGAGAGAGAGAGGCUAUUAAGGGGUGGCAUAGGAAAAACACUCCCCCACGCGUUUAACAGGAAUAUAGAUCUAACAUACUUCUGUGGAAGAUCCGAGAGAGAUUAUCAGUUUAAUAAGCGCUCGAUAAAAUGUGUUGCCGGUCGUAGGCAAUCGGAAUCGGCGGGAAAAGAAACGGUGAAAUGUGGAAAUUGCUAAAUUAACUAAACGCUACGUAAUGUAACGAAAGGAAUAAAUUAAAUAACUUAUUCUUAAGAGAGACAGAAUAGGGCACGAGAACGGGGCUUGGGGAGGUAAUCGGGCCAAUCCGAUAUCGAUAAAAUUCAUAUAAAAUUGUUCUCACACGAAUAAUGGUGUCUGAUUUGGGCAUGAUAUUUUGCAAUGCGGAAGCAUUGAGAGAUCCGUAGCGAGGACAUUGAAAUGAUAAUAAAAUAUGGCAAAUUUAAUGCGGCUGAAAGGAACGAUUUAACAAA